UAAAAAUGGUUGUGUCGGAAUCAUGGACUAUGGUGAGACACUUUGAGGGUGUUCCUAAACCAGAGGACUUCAAAUUAAUUGAGAAAGAAUUGCCACCACUUAAAUAUGGAGAGAUCUUGCUGGAAUCUGAAUUUUGGAGUGUAGACCCAUACAUGAGACCAUACAGUAAGCGGUCGUUGAAGGAAGGAGAUGUCAUAAUGGGAUCUCAGGUUGCCAGGGUAGUGGAAAGUAAAAAUGUUGACUUUGCUACAGGGGAUUAUUAUGUGGCACAGGCAGGCUGGACAACAUACUUCAUAUCAGAUGGUAAAGACCUUCGUGCCUUACCUUCCGAAUGGCCGGAAUCACUGCCUCGAUCAUUGGCACUUGGCGCUGUUGGCAUGCCUGGAGUAACUGCAUACAUUGGUCUACAGCAAAUCUGUAAUCCAAAAGCAGGUGAAGUGCUUCUUGUCAACUCUGCUGCUGGAGCAGUUGGAACUAUAGUUGGACAAAUUGCAAAACUCAAGGGCUGUAAAGUAGUUGGAUCUGCUGGCUCAGAUGAAAAGGUCACAUAUUUAAAAGAAAUUGGUUUUGAUGAAGCAUUUAACUACAAAACUGUGAACUCUUUGGAAGAAGCCCUGAAGAGAGCGUCUCCAGAAGGCUAUGACUGUUAUUUUGAGAAUGUUGGAGGGAAGUUUGCAGAUGUAGCCCUUCAGCAGAUGAACAGUUUUGGAAGAAUAGCAGUGUGCGGAGCCAUCUCCAUGUACAAUGAUUCUGUGCCUCAAAUGGGGCCAUAUAUACAUCCAUAUAUUCUAUUUAAACAACUGCGCAUGGAAGGGUUUCUGAUAUUCCACUGGGAAGAUAAACCUCUUUAUAAAGAAGCCCAGAAACAGCUUUUGGAGUGGAUUUUAGAGAAUAAAGUGAAAUACCAUGAACACAUCACUCAUGGUUUUAAGAACAUGCCAAAGGGAUUCAUUGGCAUGCUCAAUGGAGAGAACAUUGGGAAAGCUAUUAUAAAAGCUUGAAGCAAUUGAAGAAUAUUUUCUUUAGUUAGUUAAGGAGUCUGUGUACAAUGUAAAACUCCUACAUGCUCUGUGAAAUCCCCCCCCCCCCCCCUCAACUG